CUGUAAACCAGACUGAAAGCUGGUUGGAUGGCUUUAACACCCAGCUCACCUUUCAUCUUCUAAAGAGAAGUAUCCAUUUCCAUAGGAGCCAAAGGCCAGAGGAGCUUCUCCUGCACCCAGGGCAGCUGAGAAUUUGAUCCGCUCUGUUUCACCAGCGCCACCUUCCCAUGGCAUCUGGACCCAGCAUGAUGAAUCCUGUCUGUCUGGUGGAAAGACAGAACAGCCAGAUGACAGUAAAUCCGGAAGCACUGAAGAUUCUCAACCAGAUAUCUCAGCCUGUGGUGGUGGUGGCCAUUGUAGGGCCAUAUCGGACGGGAAAGUCCUACUUGAUGAACCGCCUGUUGGGACAGAACCAUGGUUUCUCUCUGGGCUCCACGGUCAGGUCUGAAACGAAGGGCAUCUGGAUGUGGUGUGUGCCCCACCCCUCCAAGGAGAGCCACACCCUGGUCCUUCUGGACACCGAAGGCCUGGGUGACGUGGAAAAGGGUGACUCCAAGAGCGACUCAUGGACCUUCACACUGGCCGUGCUUCUGAGCAGCUGCUUUGUCUACAACAGCAUGAGCACCAUCAACCACCAGGCCCUGGAGCAGCUGCACUAUGUGACCGAACUCACUAAUCUGAUCAGGACAAAAUCCCCAUGCAGCUCUGAUGAUGGAGAGGACUCAGCUGAUUUUGUGAGUUUCUUUCCCGACUUCGUGUGGAUUGUGCGAGAUUUCAUGCUGGAGCUGGAGUUUGAUGGACACCCCAUUACUGAAGAUGAGUACCUGGAGAAUGCCUUGAGGUUGAUUCCAGGCAAGGAUCCCCAAAUCCAAAAUUCCAACAUGCCCAGAGAGAUGAUCAGGAGUUUCUUUCCAAAACGGAAGUGCUUUGUCUUUGACCGGCCUGUCACCUCCAGAAAACUAUUAGUCCAUAUGGAGGAUGUGCCAGAUGACCAACUGGAUGAGAGUUUUCAGAUGCAGUGCAAAGAUUUCUGUUCCUAUAUCUUCACCCAUGCAAAAUCCAAGACGGUAGGAGAGGGGAUCACGGUCAACGGGGCAGGGCUGGGGACGCUGGCGGUGGCCUAUGUGGACACCAUCAACAGUGGGGCAGUUCCUUGUUUGGAGAACGCAGUGAUGACUCUGGCGGAGCGUGAGAACUCAGAGGCCGUGAAAAAGGCAGUUGCCCACUACAGAAAGCAGAUGGCCCAGCGCAUGACCCUCCCCACAGACACACUGCAGGGGCUUCUGGACGUGCACGUGGCCUGCGAGAGGGAAGCCAUCGCAGUCUUCAUGGAGCACUCCUUCAAGGAUGACAAGCGGGAGUUCCAGAAGAAGCUUGUGGUCACCAUCCAAAUAAAGAAGGAAGAAUUCUUGUUGCAGAAUGAAGAGGCAUCUGUCAAAUACUGUCAGGCUGAGCUCCAGAAGCUUUCAGAGCCCUUGAUGGAAAGUUUUAUGGAAGGAACUUUCUUUGCUCCUGGAGGACACAAGUUUUACUUAGAAGCAAGGGACAAGCUUGAACAGAACUAUAUGCAGCUGCCAAGGAAAGGAGUCAAGGCAAACGAGGUCCUGCAGAGCUUCCUGCAGUCCCAAGCAGAAAUGGAGGAAGCCAUCCUGCAGGCAGACAAAGCCUUCGCAGAUGCAGAGAAGGCCGUGGCAGCUGAACGUGCCCAGAAGGAGGCCGCUCAGAGGGAACAAGAAUUGCUAAAGGAGAAACUGAAGGAGCAAGAGCAAAAACUGGAGGUGCAGGAGCGAAGCCUCAAGGAGAACCUAGCGCAGCUGGAAGAGAAGAUGGAUAGGGAGAGAGAAGACCUUCUGAGACAGCAAGAGUGGGUGCUGGAGCACAAGCUGAAGAUGCAAGAAGAACUACUUACAGAAGGAUUUGAAAAGAAGUUUGAGGCAUUAACUAGUGAAAUAAAUAAGCUAAAAGAAGACAUUGAAAGAACCAGAAACAAUUACCCCUCCAUGAUAGCACAGGCCAUUGAUUCAGUGAGAACCAUAUACAUUGAAUUGCAACCUGGGUCUCAUUCAGUAUUUCGCUUGUGGCUGAAAUUGCUCAGGGAGACUUUUAGAAGGUUUGAGAACUCCUCUUAAGUAUAUUUUGGAAGAUUUCUUAUUUUGAAUAGAGUAACAGUAUAGCUCAUUUAAAAAAUAUGUGUCAUGGUAGUUUUCUUCAAGGAAAGUUUAAACAUAAAAAAUGAUUCCCAAAGAGUUACCAAAGUGAUUACCAGGGCUUGAUGUCGAAAAGAACAAAAAAAUGGAUUGAAUUAGUUAAUUUGAAGAAAUGGAAAAGAAUCUGGAAGACAAUGAUGAAUUAUAGAAAAGCCUUAAGGAAAGCAAAAAAAAAAAAAAAACAGUAAGAGGACGUACGUUUGCCGUCGGGGACACAGUGCCAGUGAGCAAAGUGCAACAACCACAUUUUUAAAUGUGCAAAAAUAUGCAAAGUGAAUAAAAGUGUUUAACUUCACUGACUCUAUAUGCAGAAGAGAUGAAGAAGAUUAUACAGUAAAGCUAGGGAAAUAGGUACACGAUCUUGUGGUAGCUCGAGGCAAAGACAAAUGUGACCAUGAAUAUACAUAUGUUCAUGUAUAACUGAAAAAUUGUGCUCUAUAAUGGAAUUUGACACAAAAUGUAAAAUGAUUAUAACUCAAUAAAAAAAGUUAAAAAAAAAAAACUUCACUGACUCUAAAAGAUAUUCAAAGUAAAAUUAGGAAGUAACUGUGUCACCUCUCAGAUGGGCCAGAAAGUCCUGGUUGGCCAGGACACUGGCGGGCAAGUGUUCCAGGAAUCCAGCUGUGUCUCAUGUCUGCCAGGGAGAAUGCGAAAGGUGCCAAAGUACAUCAAGCUUUUAAAUGCAAAUACUGUUGAUCCAGCAAGACAACAUUUAGGAAUUCAUUUUACAGAGCUUUUGACCCAAAUUGAAACUGGCAUAUGUAGUAGUCUGUUUGUUGCAAGACUGUUGAAAUUCCACAAGACUAGAAACAACUUUCAAGUGUUGUCACAUACUGGGGAGGUCAGUCCCCAGACACAUGUACAAAGGACUACUCUGCACUCACUGAAAUGAAAGAGGAGCUUGAUUUGUGCUAACAGGGGGAAUAUCCAAGGUGUAUCUUUCAUAAGUAGAAAAAAUAAAUAUGCAGGAAGCGUGUGUAGUUGUAGUUCUGACUUUGUAAAAAAAUAAAUAUAUGCACAUGUUAUCAUGAAUCUCCAGAAAAUAUAAGAGAAACUGGUACCCAUGAGCUGAAGUCUCCUGGGUUGUUGGCUAAUGUGGUCCCUAAACACCAACCCCAAAUUCAUAAAGAUGAUGAUUUCAAAAGGAAAUUACACUUCAAAGUCAACUGAAUAUUUUAGGAAUUCUUCCUAGUUGUCUAGGGAUUAAGACCCCUGUGGUUAGAAUCAAAUGCUUGUAAUUCCACAACUGCACAUAAAUCUGACUCUGGGAGUUGGCUCACAGAACACAGACUUUUCUACGCACCCCGGCUUCCUCAUUCACUACCUGUUAUGUGUUAAUAUCUGAACCUCCCUCCAGUCUCCUGUUUACUGAUGUCCUGAGCCUGGAUGAGGCGUCCCCCCUCCAAGCUGCCUAUUGUCCCAGGUUGCCCUCAUAAUAUAUGACUUGUUAUAUAACUUUGAACAUGAAAUGACCUAUUUACAGUUGCCUCCCCUGCCAUCACAGGAUCUCAUCUCCGGAAUGAUCUUCCACACUGUGUACUUAGCUCCCACCACAAAGCUCACCACAUAAACACUGGGAUUUCCAUCAAUACAGGUAAAGAAACACACAAGCUGCCACCCAGCAGGGCCCCCAAUUCCCAUUUUCUUAGCAUGUUAACUGCUGCCCAGGGGUCUCAAACUAAGGGGCACAUUUUUAGGAACUAGUGCUCAAGGGCAGAAAGUGCACACAUGCCCGCCUUAACUCGCCACCCUCCUCUCUGAAGUAUGGGCUACUCCAUGUUCUCUGGGUUCCUCAAGUUUCCCUUGCAUGAAACUUACCCAGCAAGGAAGCCACCACCAUCUGUGACUCACAGCACAAGACAUGAAUUAACAGAGUGAAGAAAAAGCCCGUCACUUGCAAAUCAUUCAUGUCCACCUUCAUUCCUCAAUCUGGUCAAGGAGCGUCUCUUAAGAUAAAACUGCUUUUGAUAUGAGGAUUGAUUUCUCACUGAACAUGAUGCCUGCAGGCAGACAGACCGUGGAAUCUACAGGCAUAGCUCUGCUUUCCUGAUGGCUGUGAGCUGAUGCUGAGUUGCCAUUUCCCUGACCAAAGCCACUGGAAUAAGUCCCACCACUGGUCCAGCCCCCAGAGACCCCUGGGUAUCAGCAGAGGAAGGCCCUGAGCACACUGAAAUUCUGGGUGGUCUGGUAAAGGGGGUGAGGGGGCAUGAUGAGCACUGCCUCAUCUAGUGCCCCAAGGCACAUGGCAAGUAUACCAAUAGGAAACCGGUAACAGGAGUCGGUGACAGGAAGUGACCAUGGUUUGGAGAAAGGAAGGGAGUGGGAGUGAGGGAAAGGACAAUUAAAGCAAAGGAAGAGGAAUCUUCACCAACUCUGAUGUUCACUUACAAGUUGUCAUUUCUGGAAUAAAGUUAUAUACAUUUCAAAAUAAGGGCCCAAGUGAAAGGCCUCUCCCAUACCUGAAAAUUAAUACACAAUUAUUAAAUUACUGGAGGAAUCCAAGGCCCAUGCAUGUAGUUUCUCAUCCAUUCUGCAGGAAGGCUGCAUUAGAACCAUUCUUUUGCACAUGCUUUGGUGCAGGAACAAGUGAGCUGCUCUGGACAGUUCUGUGUUCCUUCUACCUUUCCCUCAGAUCUGUGUGUGUAGUCCUCCUCACGAGUGCUCCCUCGCCUGUGAGCUGGGCAGUACGUUGUCCUCACAGAUGUGUUUAUGAAGGAAAGUCUUCAGUGUUGCAGAUGGUUGCAGGAACUCAUUACAAAUGCAAAGAAAAUUAAAAAACACUCUCUUCAAGAAUACAGGAGAAGAGCUGAAGGAAGCGAGACUAAUGAGACAGUGUCGGUGGUGUCCUUGGCCUCCUUAGGCUUAGGUUAAUUCUGCUAGUGUGUCUAUGCUGAGUGAGCCACGGGCAAGAACACAAACAGCCUGUCUGCACCCUGGGGGUAGUCAUUCUCUGUGACGCAGCGGCCCAGUUCGUGGUGGAUGCCGUGGGCAGCUGGCGUGUCCUCUGGGACUGAAAAAUCCGACAGUGUGUGUGUCCUCUCUGGAGCCGGGAGGAGCAGGGCAGGAGCAAACCCGGGAGCUGCCCAACUGGCAGGAGCCCCAGGGUGCCCGGCCAUAUGUCCUAUUCAUGUUAGGGCAUUGGAACCUGUCCAAUUCUCCUAACCCAUCACGUGCUUUAAGCCCUGCCGACUUCAUUACUGCCCAAGACUCUCAUGCCAGUUAACAAACUCUAUGUUGUUAAUUCAAAACAGAAUACUUCCUGUACAAAAUCACUUUAUCUGAGGAUUUUUUUUUCUAGAUUUCAUCCAUUCACAUUCUAAUAACUACCCUAUGGGUAUAAAUUAGAGUCAGCAUAUAAACACCCACCACGCAGUUAAUUCUGAAAUAUUUCAUGUUAAUUAUAAAUGUACAUAAGUCUUCCCAGCUGUAACCUGCUGUUGUCCUGAAUCUUUGUGUUCUGCUUCGUUGCUAGAAUCAAACCCCUUUAUUGUACCCUGCAGCUUCAUCAGCUGCCCCUGGCAUCUGUCCAAGUCAAGGGGACAAGUGAAAUCCCUCAUUGUGGCCACAUUUUGUUGGCAGCCUACAUGAUUAAGAGGAUAUAUCUGUGUACACUGACCAUGUUUAUGGCAGAAUUUGGGUAAUGUUACUGAUUAGCAAAUACUCACCUAAAAAAUAAAUGAAAAAUGGAUUUCUGUAUAAUCUUGCUUAUCUAUUCUGCAUAAGCCUGUCACUAUCUACAAAUUUUGAACUCCCAGUCUGUAUCUUAACGAACCCCACCCCUUUGUCAAACACCAGUUUGUAUUCUAUGUCUAUAAGUCUUUACAAGAUUAUACUGUAUAGCAGAAGGAAAUAUAUACAUGUUCUUGUGGUAACUCACAGUGAAAAAAAUGUGACAAUGAAUAUACAUAUGUUCAUGUGCAAAUGAAAAGUUGUGCUGUACACUGGAAAUUGAUGCAACAUUGUAAAAUGAUUGUAACUCAAUAAAAAAUGUAAAAAAUAUUGAUUUCAAUACCCAAUACAUAGCAGAAAUUUUUUCUUAAAAUAAAUGAUUGAUGUUUUUCAAACAAA